AUGCUAAAGCAACUGACCAUGAAUGUGCCAUUAGUGGAGGCACUUGAGCAAGUGCCAGGUUUCACAAAGUUUAUGAAGGAUCUGCUGAUGAAGAAAAGGGCAAAAAAGCCUGACCCAGGAGCGUUCACUAUACCAUGCACAGUUGGGUCUAUGGAGUUCGCCAAGGCCAUAUGUGAUCUGGAAGCAAGCAUCAAUAUGAUGCCGCUAUCUAUUUACAAGAAACUUGGUUUGGGCGCUCCCACACCGACCAACAUGCAACUAGUGAUGGUAGAUAGGUCAGUCAAACGACCUGAUGGUAUUCUGCAUGAUGUACUAGUAAAGGUGUUCGACUUUAUUCUUCCCGUUGAUUUUGUAGUCCUUGAUUGUGAUGUGGACUUCGAUGUGCCCAUUAUCUUGGGUAGGGAAUUCUUAGCAAUAAUAAGAGUAAUAGUUGAUAUAGAGCUCAAUAAGCUCAAGUUCAGGGUCGGUGAAAAGACGAUAAAAUUUGAAAUACACUCAUCCAUGGUAAAACUAAAGGAGAUGAGUGUCUUCUCAAUCAUGGAUGUGUUCCAUGAGGAUGAUAAGAGGUAUCAGCACGGUGUCUUGAUGAAGUCUGAGUAG